AUUUGCAAACCAAGAACCAUGGAGUUUUCAUUAUCACUUCUUUUAAUUUCCAUUGUUGUGUUUGCAAUUAUUCAUCUUCUAAUCUCCAAUUUAGGCAUCAAAACACAAAACUCCACCAAACUUCCACCGGGACCAAAACCUUUACCAAUCAUAGGAAACAUCUUAGAACUUGGUACCCAACCUCAUCAAUUACUAACUAAGCUUUCUCAAAUUUAUGGACCAAUAAUGACUCUUAAGCUUGGUAACAUAACUACCAUAGUUAUUUCAUCUCCACAAUUAGCCAAAGAAGUACUCCAUAAAAAUGACCUAAUUUCGUCUUAUAGAACAGUUCCGGACACUCUUCAUGCACUUGAUCACAAUCUAUAUUCGGUUGGAUGGAUGCAACCUUCAAACGAAUGGAGGAUUCUUCGGAGAAUUUGUGCUACCAAAGUGUUCUCUUCACAAAAACUCGAUGCGACACAAGUUCUUAGACAAAGAAAGGUGCAAGAACUCAUGGAUUUUGUCAAGAAAAGAAGUGAAAAAGGUGAAGCUUUAGAUAUCGGCGAAGUUGCUUUUAUAACCGUGCUUAAUUUCAUAUCAAACACCUUCUUUUCCAUGGAUUUGGGUGAUUAUAAUUCUUCUAAGUCUCAAGAAUGGAAGAAGAACUUUUGUUCUAUCACUGAAGAAGCCGGAAAGCCUAAUAUUGUGGACUUCUUCCCAAUCUUUCGCUUGCUUGAUCCACAAGGUGCACGUGCAAGAAUGACCAAGUAUCUUAGAGAGUUGAUAGAUUUUUUUGAUGGUCUUGUCGAAGAAAGGUUGAAAUUAAGGGAUCUAGAAAUAGAAUCUAAGGCGUGCAAAGAUGUUUUAGAUUCCGUGUUAGAAGUUAUGUUGGAAGAGAAUUCUCAAGUGACCCGACUCCACGUGUUGCAUCUAUUCUUGGUUUUAUUAGUGGCUGGAGUAGAUACAACAUCAAUCACCAUAGAAUGGGCAAUGGCAGAACUACUAAGAAAUCCAGAAAAACUUGAAAAGGUUAGAAACGAACUUCAACAUGUCCUUGGCAAAAAUGAACAACUUGAAGAAAAACAUAUCUCAAAACUUCCAUUUCUAAAGGCAGUGGUAAAAGAGACUUUUCGCUUGCACCCACCUGCCCCAUUAUUAGUACCACACAAAUCACAAGAGGAUGUUGAACUAUGUGGCUUCAUUGUGCCUAAAAAUGCACAAGUUUGGGUCAAUGUAUGGGCUAUGGGAAGAGAUUCAAGUAUUUGGACAAACCCUAAUGAAUUUAUGCCUGAAAGAUUCUUAGAAAGUGAGAUUGAUUUUCAAGGCCAUGAUUUUGAGCUAAUUCCAUUUGGUGCUGGAAAAAGAAUGUGUCCUGGAUUGCCAUUGGCUUAUAGGGCUGUGCACAUUUUGUUGGCAUCACUUCUUCAUGGUUAUGAUUGGAAGCUAGCAAAUGAAGAUAAGGAAGAGGAUUUGGAUAUGUCUGAGAAUUUUGGACUUACCUUGCGUAAGGCUCAAUCUCUCAAUGCUAUUCCCAUACAAUCAUAAACAUCACAUAAAGUUUUAUUCUCCAUCAUUAAUUCUCAUGUUAUGUCUUUCAGUUUUUGAUUAUUUAAGGUGUGUUUGGUUGUGAUAUUUUGGUAGAAAAGUAUUAGGAUUAUAUUUCUAG